CUCCAUCCAAGCUCCUAAGCGCUCCUAUGGAAGCUUCCCCACGUCCCAUCGACGUCACCAGAACGUAAAUUGUUGGUGCUGCAUCUCAUCUUCAUUUCGCCGAAGACAUGUGUGCAGCGGGCUUCGUAAACGCCUCAUACCUGACCGUUGUCUGAGCUCCAGCUUUUCAAAACAUCUCAAUCUUGUACACUUUGACAUAUAAUUUCCUCUAAUUCUCCCCAUCACACCUGAAAUACUUGCCCCAAACUGUCAUUGAUUCAGACAUAGGCUGCAGUGCCAUCUUUCCACACCCUGCUCCCGGUGCACCCUCCCAGCUGUCAGAACAUGUCUCUCAACCAAGCUUCUGAAAACUCCCUUUCAGCAGCUCCUGCCGGCCAGGACACUGCACCAGAUGGCACAGGCGUCGUACAGCUAGAUCCCUGGCUAUCUCCAUUCAAAGACGCUCUCAAGUCCCGUUUUGCAAAAGCUCAACAAUGGAUCAAGACAAUCGACGACACAGAAGGCGGACUGGAGAAGUUCAGUCGCGGAUAUGAAAAGUUUGGCUUUACAUUCGCUCCCAAUGGAGACAUCGCCUACCGAGAAUGGGCUCCAAAUGCACAACAAGCCUCCCUCAUCGGUGAAUUCAAUAACUGGAAUCGAGAGGCAACCCCGUUGACUAAAAACGCAUUUGGCGUCUGGGAGAUCACGCUUCCAGCUAGAGAUGGAGUUCCAGCUAUUGCUCACAACACAAAACUUAAAGUCUCCUUCGUCCUCCCCAGCGGUGAACGCAUUGAGCGGAUACCAGCCUGGAUCAAAAGAGUCACCCAAGAAUUGAGCGUCUCGCCUGUAUACGAUGCCGUUCUCUGGAACCCACCACAGUCAGAACGUUACCAGUUCAAGAACCCUCGCCCUCCCUAUCCCAAAAGCGUCCGCAUCUACGAAGCCCACGUUGGUAUCUCCUCACCCGAGCUCAAAGUCGCCACAUACAAAGAAUUUACCCAGAACAUGCUCCCAAGAAUCAAAUAUCUGGGCUACAACGUCAUCCAGCUCAUGGCUAUCAUGGAGCACGCAUACUACGCCAGUUUUGGCUAUCAAGUCAAUUCCUUCUUUGCUGCAAGCUCCCGAUACGGCUCUCCUGAGGAUCUGAAAGAACUCAUUGACACCGCUCAUGGCCUUGGCAUCACCGUGUUAUUGGAUGUGGUGCAUUCCCACGCCAGCAAAAAUACCCUCGAUGGUCUCAACAUGUUCGAUGGUAGCGACCAUCUUUACUUCCACGAAGGCGCAAAGGGAAGACACGAACUUUGGGAUUCGAGACUUUUCAAUUACGGCCAUCACGAAGUUCUGCGAUUUCUCCUUUCAAACCUUCGCUUCUGGAUGGAGGAGUAUCAAUUUGACGGCUUCCGAUUCGACGGCGUCACUUCGAUGCUCUACACCCAUCACGGCAUUGGGACUGGCUUCUCCGGAGGCUACCAUGAAUACUUUGGGCCUUCCGUCGAUGAAGAUGGUAUCGUCUAUCUAAUGCUGGCCAAUGAAAUGCUCCACAACAUUUAUCCAAAUUGUAUCACUAUCGCCGAAGAUGUGUCGGGAAUGCCCGCACUUUGUCUGAAGCUGUCACUCGGCGGAGUUGGCUUCGACUACAGAUUGGCCAUGGCCGUCCCCGACAUGUACAUCAAGCUGCUCAAGGAAAAGUCGGAUGAGGAUUGGGACAUUGGCAACAUUGCAUUUACCCUUACAAAUAGACGACAUGGUGAGAAAACCAUUGCAUACGCCGAGUCUCACGAUCAGGCACUGGUCGGCGAUAAAUCUCUGAUGAUGUGGCUCGCCGAUGCCGAGAUGUACACCCAUAUGUCCACGCUGACCGAAUUUACACCCACCAUCGAGCGCGCCCUGGCUCUUCACAAAAUGAUUCGCCUGGUGACCCAUGGUCUGGGUGGCGAAGGAUACCUCAAUUUCGAAGGCAACGAGUUUGGCCAUCCCGAAUGGCUCGACUUUCCUCGUGCAGGAAACGACAACUCAUUCUGGUACGCCCGGCGCCAACUCAACUUGACAGAAGACCAUCUCCUCCGCUACAAGUUUCUUAACGAGUUCGACCGUGGGAUGCAAUGGUUGGAGGAGAAGUACGGCUGGCUCCAUUCACCCCAAGCCUAUAUAUCACUGAAGAACGAGCAAGACAAGGUCCUUGUUUUUGAAAGGGCAGGUCUGUUGUGGAUCUUCAACUUUAGCCCAACCCAGUCUUUCACCGACUACCGAGUCGGCGUCGAGCAAGGAGGAGUAUACAAGAUUGUGCUCGACACCGAUGCUCCCGAGUAUGGUGGUCUGGGACGCAAUGCCAAGGACACGAGGUUUUUCACCACUGACAUGCCGUGGAACAAUCGCAAGAACUUUACCCAAGUCUACAUUCCAACCAGAACUGCUUUGAUUCUCGCCCUCGAAAGCACUAUCUGAUUUAAUCACAUUCGACGUAAUUACUUGACGAAGGAAUGGAUCGCGGAGUAUAUUGUAUCGUUUAAGUCAGGGUAGUACUUGAGAAUUAUCGGUGGCCUUGAGGAAGUUUGGAUUUUGUCGAUGAAGUUUAAACCCAGCAAUUUUAACGACAACGCAAGCGGUGUUCAAAAGUCCAGAUUAAUGCAUCAAGUUCAUCGCCAGCCGUAUCACGUAUGAUUGCGUGCAUAGCUAUUGCACUUGACAGUUCCUAGAAUCGUCGCGUAUAACAAUACUGCCCAAAAUACCCACCCACGGUGCGGCGACGGUCAACUAGGACGGAAGGAAAUGGUAAUAGGCUAUCCUGAGUCAGAGAUAUCUGGUAAUAUAGUAGAGUACAUUAGUUGUGAG